CUACGGGCUUCCUAGGCCUCCGCCUCACUCUCUGGGACCCCUCAGGGUGUGUCCCCUGCAGCAGCUCCUGUAGGCUUCCCUCUGUUCAGGGAGUCAUCUUGCUCUCUCUUCUGUGAGCUCUCUGAGGGGUAGAGAGCAUGCCUCAUGCCGAUGAUGCGCCCCGGCGACUAUCCAGGACUGGAACAAGCCUCUAUGCUGUGCUAGAAAUAAAGAAAGGGGCCCAGCCUGAAGAGAUCAAAAAAGCCUACAGGAAACUGGCCUUGCAGUAUCAUCCAGACAAGAAUCCGGGGGACACUCAAGCAGCAGAGGUCUUCAAAGAGAUCAACACAGCCCAUGCUGUGCUCAGUGACCCUACCAAGAAGAGAAUCUACGACCAGCAUGGCUCAUUAGGAAUAUACCUGUUUGAUCAUUUUGGUGAAGACGGCGUCAAAUACUAUUUUAUAGCGCACAGCUGUUGGUUCAAGACCCUCGUCAUCCUUUGCUGUCUUUUAACUUGCUGCUGCUGCUGCUGCUGCUGUUGCUUUUGCUGUGGAUAUCUUAGUCCACCGCCCGAGGAAAUUAACAAAUCACAAAAGACGCGGCAAAGGAAUAUCUAUUGUCAGCCUACGAGACUAGGAGCACAACAGAAACAUCAAAUAGAAGAUGAGGACAGCGAUGAUGAUUAAGGAAGCGUGAAGACGAGUGAGGUACUGGCCCAGUGAGAGUUCCCCUGCCACCCAGCCCUCUGGACACAUUGAAGACACAAGCAAGUAACCCUGUGCUGCCAUUGACCCUGAUUUGACUCGUGUUCUUAAAAAACAACCCCUGCUUCAGAAGCCGUGACGACAUCCAUCCUAGAAAGGGCCACACCCUGCCGUCGAUAUGCCACUGAGCCUGGCCACACAGAGCCUUGAGCUGAUCUUUUUAGCCCUAGCUCCCAUCCCAGCUUUAACCACUCGAGGUCUCAGGCCAUGGUGGCAGGCAUUUCCGGAGUACUCUUUUUCCAGUGCGUGCCUGGGUAGUUGCCAAUGCCAGGUUCGGCCCCCUGAGCACUUGCUGAUUCACUUCACCGAGACCCUGAUCACCAAGCAAGGUGGCUCCUGUCCCAAGAGCUGGUGGAUCAGCUAAUCCUUGUUUGUCACAACUUUGUGUACCAAGAACUUCAGUGCUCGCCUCACUUCUUAGCAGUACACCUUUAGGAGGCUGGUCUUCUGGGAGCCUGGCCAUUGGCAUUGACACCCCAUUCAUAAGACAGCAUGGGAACAUGUGAGUGCAUUCCAGGUUUGUGGUUUCUCCUUGGACUUCAGCCUCACUCCUAUACCCAUUGCGAGCCGUGGUCCUGUGGACUGGCUGCAGCCCAUGCCCCGGUGCCUGCUGCCUCCAUCCUGCAGACACCUCAUGCAGGUUGAUCCUUAUAUAUCGUUUCUUAACACAGGGGCAUGGAACGUGAUGGGGACAGACUUACUCACAAACUAGCUUUUGUGUGUUGUUGGCUUGGCAUUCUCUCUGUGUCGUCUUCACCAAUUCUUUCUUACUCGUGUGGGAUCAGGGCCUAGGAACCCUCAAACUCCUCUGCCCUCAUUGUGAGAAGGGCUAAAGAAUAUCAAUAAUAAAAAAAACCCUUGUCCAA